AUGGUAGAUUUUAACAAACGAGCGUUUUGCCAUUUUACACUUAAAGAUAUUUUAAGUAUCAUAUCUUCAGUUGCUAUACCCAUCGCUCUUGCUAUUUAUACUGCAAUUGGAUCUCAACAACAAAAACAACAAGCUGAAAAAAAACAACAGUUUGACUUUGAACAAUCAAAAGACUUAAGACAACAAACACUUUAUGAUGAAUUCUUAAAUAAUAUCUAUAAAUUAGAUAAAGAUGGUUAUCUCAAUGACUCAAAAAAUCCAUGGGCAUUUGCGAAUGCAUAUUAUCGUGCUGCUCAUCGUCAAUGGGAUACAAUACGCAAAGGAGAUAUUAUACAAUUUCUUAAAGAAGAACAGUUAAUUGGUAGAAAUAAUUGUAGUAAUGGAUGCAGAACAACAGAAUUAGAUGAUAUAAUCCGUUUGAAUGAAUUAAAUUUUGAUAAAGUGCAUCUAGCAAGUGAAACUGGUGUAUUAAAUAAGUUGAAUUUACAAUGUGUUUCUUUUGAUCAAGUAUCAAUGUCAAAUGCUGAGUUUUCAUCUGUUAGUUUGAAUGGUGUAUCAUUUGAUGGAGGGCGAUUAAAUAACGCGAAAUUCGAUAGUUCAUCUUUACUUUGUGCUAGUUUUAAUGGUGUAAAUCUGUCAGGUGCAGAUUUUGGAAACUCAGAUCUGACAGGUGCACAUUUUUCAAACAGUGAUUUGUCAGGAGCUAAAUUAACGGAAGAGCAAAUAAAGCAGGCAUCUUUUCACAAUGUAACUAUGCCAAAUGGAAAGAAGAGCAAAACUGCAUCCUCAACGACAACGAAAAAACGUAUAGCACAAACAACAACUAUAAUGAAAACAAAAAUGUCAACAACAUCAUCAUCAAUAUCAACAACAAAAACAAUAACAACAUCAUCAUCCUCAACAUCAACAUCAACAUCAAUACCAUCAUCCUCAACUACAUCAUCGACAACGUCGUCAACAUCAACAUCAACAACGUCGAAAACAACAACAACAUCACCAACAACAGCUGCUACAGCUCAACUCUCUCUGUCCGGUGUUCAGCUCAAUCUCGAUCCCUUGUCACUAUCAAGUGGAUGGUCUCUGUGUUACAAUGGAACGUAUGCAGAUUCCCUGGUUUCAACUGUUGUUGCAACAGUAUUAGCUGCAUGUAAUAAAAACAAAUUAUUACUUGGCUGUCGACCAGUCGCAAAUACGAAAUUGAGCGUAGCAGCGAUGGGUAAUCGAGCUGAUGUUCUUUACGACUGUGGUUCAACAUCAACUUGUACACAUGUUGCUAAUGGAGUCGGAUGGUAUUUUUCUAGUUCAUAUUCAUGGGGUUUUGUAUAUGGUAGUGGUACAGUGAAACGAAAUACUUGUGACCAGGCAACUGGUGACGAUGCGUAUCGCUUAUGUUGGCAUACUUCAGAUGUGGGUGGAUAUAGGUGCGGAAGCACACUAUGUAGUACUGAUUCAACUUGGGCGAAAGUUAUUUAUCAUGCCAAUUAA